GCGUGUAGCCCUCUACUGACACGUCCGGCUGCUAGAUGUAGAGAUAACAUUUCCUCAACAUGAACCAUCCGAUUAAGCAGGAGCGAAAAAACAGAUGGGGAUGUUCACCAUUAGAAGCAUUAAGCGGAUUACCGGAGUAAUGCGGGGUUUAUUUAUUUCGUCACAUUUCUACCUUCCAUCUUUCCCCGUGGAAAACACCCUGCUGUCGCUACGUAGCGUUGCUCCGCCCACGAUUACUGCAGUUCGCCUGAUACGUUGCGAAGUAACACCUCUGCACGGGACAGUGCAACAUAUAGUGCCUGCAAACCUCUUUUUUAAACGCCGAGCUCACAUCUGGAUUUCAGCAGGGUUUAUUGAUGAUUUUCAAUAUGGAUUUAUAACCAGAUCCUGACUGCAGAACCGGCGACUCGUCUCGACUGCUGCUCCCUCAUUAGCUCCACAAUGUAUCCAAAGAUACGGACGCUUUUAUUAUCAAAUGCGCACUGCUGGGAUGCCGACAGCAAGAGGUCAUGCCAGGACUUAUUCGAGAAGCUUGAUGCCAAUAAAGAUGGGAGGGUGGACGUCGCUGAAUUACGAGCGGGCCUCAAGGCAAUGGGCAUAUUUCGCCAGGGAGCCGCACAGAAAAUCGUGUCGUCUGGGGAUCAGAACAAUGAUGGGAGUCUCGACUUCAACGAGUUCAGCAACUAUCUGAAGGAGCACGAGAAGAAGCUCCGGCUCACAUUCAAGAGCCUGGACAGAAACAACGAUGGGCGCAUUGAUGCCUCAGAGAUCCAGCAGUCCCUUGCAGAGCUGGGCCUGGAUAUCAGCAAAGAGAAUGCCCUGAAAAUAUUACAGAGUAUGGACAUUGAUGGGACGAUGAUGGUGGACUGGAACGAGUGGAGAGAACACUUCCUGCUAUGCCCUGCUCACAACCUGGAAGAGAUCAUACGCCACUGGAAACACUCCUCGGUGCUGGACAUAGGGGACAGUCUUGCCAUCCCAGAUGAGUUCACAGAGGAGGAGAAGAGCUCAGGUCGAUGGUGGAAGCAGCUUGCUGCGGGGGCCGUGGCGGGGGCCAUCUCUCGCACUGGGACUGCCCCUCUGGACAGAAUGAAGGUCUUCAUGCAGGUUCAUUCUUCUAAGACUAACCCCAUAAGCCUCGUGGGGGGCUUCAGUCGGAUGAUCAAAGAGGGAGGUCUGUCCUCACUGUGGAGGGGAAAUGGGACCAACGUUUUAAAGAUCGCACCAGAGACAGCUAUCAAAUUCAUGGCAUAUGAACAAUAUAAGAAGUUGUUGUCAUCAGAGGGCCAGAAGAUUGAGACACACAAGAGGUUUGUAGCUGGCUCUCUGGCCGGAGCCACUGCACAGACAUCCAUCUACCCCAUGGAGGUAUUGAAAACUAGACUGACCCUUGGGAAAACUGGCCAAUAUACAGGAAUGUUUGAUUGUGCCAAGAAGAUCCUGAGGAAGGAGGGAAUCAUGGCUUUCUACAAGGGCUACGUCCCAAACUUAGUGGGCAUAAUCCCCUACGCUGGGAUAGACCUCGCUGUUUAUGAGACUCUAAAGAACACGUGGUUGACGCAUCACACCAAAGACUCAGCUAACCCUGGAGUUCUGGUGCUGGUGGCCUGCGGCACCAUCUCCAGCACCUGCGGACAGCUGGCCAGCUAUCCCCUCGCACUGGUGCGCACACGGAUGCAGGCACAAGCGUCUCUGGAUACAACAGACCAGCCCUCCAUGAGCAAUCUGAUGAAGAAGAUCGUAGCCAAAGACGGCUUUUUUGGACUCUACCGAGGCAUCCUGCCAAACUUCAUGAAAGUAAUUCCUGCUGUCAGCAUCAGCUAUGUUGUUUACGAGUACAUGAAGACUGGCUUAGGAAUUUCCAAAUGACCCUGGAAGCCAAUGAAAAAAGAACAUUAACUUAAUUAUUGGACUUGAAACUGACUGUAAUAACUCCAGAAAUACAGACAGACAUACAGAGCAUGACUUCUGCGAGCUGGAACAGGAGUUCAGCAGAUGGAAAACUGUAUGUAUCCUAAUGGUGGUCUAUCAUUAGCUAAAGCAUGUAUCGUUUGUGCUGAGCAUGCUUUAAUUAUUAUUCGAAUGUUAUACAUAAUGCACUCCCUAAGUAUGUACACUGUCCAAAAGAAUAUUUCACACAUAAAAAACAUAAUUGAUACAUACAUAACAUUAGCAUCAAUGCAAACAAAAACAACGCAUCUUCAGUUAGCAAUUUCAUUGUACUCAUAAAAUGGAAUGCCUGAUGAAAAUGGAAUGUCAAUGGGACACAAUGUGGUGCUUUUUGAUAACAAAAUAAAUAUUUUCUUCAGAGAAGCUGGAGCUUAAUCAAUGAGGCUUAACAGCAGUCAUAAUUGUGUUUAAUAAUGGUAAAAUGACACUACGCCACUUUAAAUGUUUAAGUCCACAGCCUUUAGGGGUCAUUUAAAACUUCUAUAAGUUGUAAACACCUGCCUAUAGAGUGCCUCCAGUCAGCUGAAAAAUAAAUAACCGGUUAACACUGGAACACUGUGAGCUUGAAGACAAUGCAUCUUGUGAAAAUAACUAAAUCUGUGUUGGAUUUGAGAGAUAGUUUAAAUGUGCCUUACAGCCACACAAUGUGAACUUUCUGGCAUUAAUAUAUAUGAAUUUACUAUAUACUUAUACACAAUGCAUUUAUGAACUGUUAUGAUGGGUACUACAACGAUGCAUGGUAACAAUUUAAAAUAGUAAUAACUGGACGUUGUGAUUGAAACACUUGCUAGGAGUAUGUUUUGUCCUGUGUCACUUUUCUACAGUGGCCCUGAAGUGCAAGUCAAAACAACAUUUCACAAAACACUACAACAUAUCAAAAAAGACUUCAACAUGUCAUAAAACGCAACGACAUUUCAAAAAACACUACAGCAUUUCAGAAAACGCCACAGCAUUUCACAUUUUACGGAAAGGGAACCUGUUAA